UUAAUCAUUUCAUCCCGCGCAAGGCGCGGAUCUAAUCCUAGUACUCUAGUAUUUUAUAAGCACACACUGGAUCAAAAUUCUAUCUUAUAAUAGUUCUUAAAACUUUUCAUAAGAAUAGAUAAAUUAAAUAUCCUCUUACUCUAUUAAUAAUUUUCAAGACACACUUUCUCUUAGCUCUCAGACACACACAGAAGCUCUACCUCUUACUAACCACUCCUACAAGUAGACUUUAAGACGACCCAUCUCGUCAUAUAAUAAAAAAACCCAAUCCCUCUCUCUCAGUCACUUACUAUCUCUCUAUAUAGAUAACUUUAAAGAGAACAGAUCUAACAUCAUCAAAUUCAUUCACCACAUCAGCCAUGGACUACGAAUACGGAAUAGGAGAGUACUACAGGAGAGGCCACGUACCAGCGUUUGGAAGCUGGGACUGGAACGACGCCGUUCCAUUCACUCAGUGCUUCGAGACAGCAACCACCACCACCACUCAGCAGCACCAGCAGCAGCAACCUUCUUUUCUCCACUACGCUCCUUACACUCAAGAUCGUGAUCUUUACCUCGCUGGCGAUCUUUACGAUAACCACCACCUUGUCGCUGCUCCCGCCGUUAUCCUCGUCCCUCGACGCCGGGCUAAGGUGGGUCAGGAGCCGAAGAAAGCCAGCUCUAAGGAGCAACACAAGUUCAAGACGGAGGCGCGUGAGUCUGACGCACCGAUAAGCUGUCCAACACCUGUGGUGAAGCGUAGGACAAAGCCCGUGGAUGAAGACUUGUACAGGAUCUCACCUACACUCCUUACCGUCAAAUCCACAAAGAAAAGAGGAGGUGGGUUUGGGUGCAUUUCAAGGUGUUUUUUGCCAACACGGGUGCUUUGAAGCCACAAGGCGUGGUGGAUUGAGUCAGACAUCACUUUGGUUGUGUCUUAAUAUUUUAUAUAUAUUUUUUUUUAAAGGAAGACCGUAUGCUUGUGAAAUCAUGUAUGUAUUUAUGCGUAGGGUUAUGAAUUCUAAAGGAUAAGAUAUUGUAGUAGUAGUAGCUUUGGGAAGAGCGAGCCAUGUUGUAUUACGUAAACUAUUAAACAAAAGUGAGACUUGUUUUGAAACUUUCUUUUCUGAAGUGUGUCUAAAUUUGUACUGUUUUUUGGUAGUGGAACUGUUGAAUUUGGUGAGAAAUUAGGUAUGAGAAUGGAAGGAGG